AUGAGCGGACUCGCGACAAAGCAGCAGUCGCAAAAGCUGUUCGAGAAGCUGAAGACCAAGCAAGCAAAUAAGAUCUGCUUUGACUGUGGCGCCAAGAAUCCGACCUGGACAUCAGUGCCCUUUGGCAUCUACUUGUGUCUGGACUGCUCCUCGAACCACCGAAACCUAGGUGUUCACAUUUCCUUCGUCCGAUCAACCAACCUCGACCAAUGGCAAUGGGAUCAGCUCCGCAUCAUGAAGGUGGGCGGAAAUGAGUCCGCCACCAAGUACUUCCGUGCCAACGGCGGCAGCGCUGCCCUUGCCAGCAAAGACCCCAAGACGAAAUAUCAGUCCCCAGCCGCUACCAAGUACAAGGACGAGCUCAAGAAGCGCGCAGCAAGAGAUGCUCUCGAAUUCCCCGAUGAGGUCGUUAUCACUGAUGCUGCCGACGCCGAUGGCUCAUCCACACCAGCUGGCGAGCCAAGCGACGACUUCUUCUCCUCUUGGGACAAGCCUGCCAUCAAGAAACCCACACCGCCCGUUUCAAGGACCGCGACACCUCCUGUAGUCGGAAGGACCCCAUCACCAUUCCUCACUGCCGGAUCAAACGGCAAGGAUAUCUCGCGGUCGGCUUCGCCACUAUCCAAGACUGAUGCAACCGACGCCAAGCCAGCUGUCAGCCGUGUCACCACAUCUGCCGCAUUACGAAAGACUACCACUGGUGCCGCUGGUGCUCGCAAGACUAAUGUUUUGGGAGCCAAGAAAAACACAAAAUUGGGUGUCAAGAAGGUGACAGGCGAUGUCAUCGACUUUGACGAGGCCGAGAAAAAGGCAAAGGAGGAGGCCGACAGAAUUGCGAAAUUGGGAUACGAUCCGGAGGCAGAGGAGGCAGAGACCAAGAAGGCCGCAGCUGCCAAGACCGAGGCCAGCAACGUCGUCUCCCCUGCUCCCGUCAGCCCCUCGUACGGAUCUGGCCACACGAGGCAGAAGUCGGCAGCCGAGGUUGAGCGUCUCGGCAUGGGCUUUGGUAGACUAGGCUUUGGCCAGGUUGGUGGAAACAAGCCUGCCGCGGCGCCGCAGACAGCCAAGAAGAAUGCUGGCGGGUUUGGAUCCGUUGGCCCCGUAAAGGCUGCUGUCGAAGACGACGGCGAAAAGUAUGCUCGCAACAAAUUUGGUACUCAAAAGGGUAUUUCGUCAGACGAGUUCUUUGGCAGAGGUAGCUUUGAUCCCAACGCACAGUCAGAGGCCAAGACACGUUUGCAAGGCUUUGAGGGUGCCAGCGCUAUCUCUUCGAAUGCUUAUUUCGGCCGUCCAGAGGACGAAGAGGCUGCCGAAGAUUAUGGUGACCUGGAGACCGCAGCCAAGGACUUUGUGCGCAAGUUUGGUAUCACUGCUGGAGAUGACCUCGAAAACCUUACCAGUGCGUUGGGCGAAGGAGCUACGCGGCUGCAGGGUGCUAUUCGAAACUAUCUCGGCAACUAA